AUGCAAAAUCACAUAAAUUUUGAAUUUGCAAAUGAGGAAUAAAAAACUUCUCGGAUUGAAAGUCCCAAGAAAUUUAUCAGAAAUAGAAAAAGUAAUUAUAAAAAUUACUUAGAGUAGAUUCUGAAAAUCUAGGGAAAUUUUUGAAAUAUAAAUUGAUAAAUGCAAAAAUUCUCUUUGAAAAAAUUUAAAAAUAUUUUGAAUAGAAAUAAGAAAUUAAAAAUUAAGAAUUAGUUGAAAAUUUAUAGUAGUUUCCCUUUAAUAUAUAGGAUAAUAAAAAAGCAUUAUUAUUAAUUCUUUAUUUAUUGAGGAUAAUUCAUAAUAAUUUGUUGAAUUUACUCUUUUAAAAAUAAAUGACAUUUGUGUCAUUAAAGGUAAACUAAAAAAAGUUAUAGGAAAAUAUACAGUAAUUAAUGAGGAACAAUAAUCAUAAAUGAUGGAUUAUAUUGGUUAAUAAAUUUGGAAAUGUAGUUAAUCAAUAGUUGAAUUAAUCAAAAUGAUUGUAUAAAAAAAAACAAAUUCUCAAUUUAAUGAUAACGAAAAUGAAGUUAUCAAAUGCCUUAGUAAAUAGCAAUAUUUUUUAGAAGAUAAAUAAAAAGAAAUUUUGGGAUAUUUAUUAAUGAAGAGUUUAACUGGAUAAAAUUGUUUGAAUAUAAAGGUCUGA